AUGAUUUCGGCGUUACGGCCAGCUCACAGUCGCCUGUGGAAGGGCCGAUUGGCGUUGGUGCCUCGUGUUCAGCGAUGCCAACUUCAUUAUGACGGCCGGAACAGAGUGUCAAAUUUCUGGAUCCCUACAGGUGGCAUAUCUAAGAAGCCUGUUGAGGGGGCAAAUGAGGAUGCCAAUGAUCUUCUAAUUCGAGGCGGAUUUCUUCGACAAGCUUACUCUGGCGUCUUUCAUCUUCUCCCACUGGGACUGCGGGUGCAGGACAAGCUUGAACGUUUAAUUGACAAGCACAUGCGCUCACUGGGAGCAUCCAAGGUCUCACUUUCAUCUAUCUCUUCCCAGGAACUGUGGGAGAAAUCCGGUCGAUUGACCGAAGGCUCCGCCGAGGUCUUUCGCUUCCAUGACCGGAAGGAUACUCGCUUUCUCCUCGCGCCCACUCAUGAAGAGGAAAUUACAUCCCUCGUGGGCAGUCUCACUACAUCCUACAAGAGUCUGCCUCUUCGGGUCUAUCAAAUAACGAGAAAAUACCGAGAUGAGGCCAGGCCAAGGCAGGGACUUCUCCGCGGCCGUGAAUUCGUGAUGAAAGAUCUCUAUACAUUCGACUACAACGUUUCCGAGGCCCUAAAGACCUACCAGGCCGUGAAAUACGCCUACACCCAGAUUUUCGACGAACUAAAAAUUCCCUAUCUCGUCGCUGCAGCCGAUUCCGGGAACAUGGGUGGCAGUCUCAGCCAUGAGUACCACUUCAUCAGCGCGAAGGGCGAAGACCGAGUAGUAAGCUGUUCACACUGUGAUCACGUGUACAAUGAAGAACUGGCAGAUGGAAAAACACACAAGUUCAAUGAGACCGAAGAAAGUUCCACUCUUCCGGGCUUCCAGACUGAGGAUGCCAAGGUCGAAGGCGGCGCAACUAUCUCCAAUGGCAUGUGGAUGGCCAUCUCGCACGAUGGAAACACUCUCCUCCGGGGUUGGUACCCGAAAUAUUCCAUGCAAAAUGGAUCCACGGAGCCCGUUGAAAGACAUGUCAACUCACAUGCUGUGAAGGCCAUCGCCACCGCUGCAGGCAUCGAUCUUGAUCUGAGCGUGGAGAAUCCCAAAGAGAAAUGGACGGCACAUGUUCAGUCUCGAUCAUCUGAGCAGAAGCCACGAGUGCUGGAUCUUUAUGACUCACAAGUGCGAGUGUACCAACGUCCUCCACUCAGCGAUCUCCUAGAAGAAAUUGGUUGCACCGCUACGGAUAUCGAGUACUCCAAACUGGAUCGUUUCCCGGGUACUUCGAACCAGCUUAGUCUCGUUCGCGUGCAUGACGGAGACAGUUGCUCACAGUGUGCUGAUGGCCAAUUGACGAGCAACCCUGCGGUCGAACUGGGACACACUUUCCAUCUGGGUACAAGGUAUAGUGAGGUGCUCCAAGCCUCGGUCUCUGUCAAUCAAGCAGUUCUCGACGGAUCCGCUGAAUCGGGUGGCAAGUCUUCCAAGGAGCAAAUUGUUCCGAUGGAGAUGGGCUGCCACGGGAUUGGUGUUUCUCGUUUGAUUUCGGCCGUUGCGAACCGCUUAGCAGAUCCCAAGGGGUUGAACUGGCCCCGUGCUAUCGCACCUUUCGAUGUUGCCGUUGUACCUACGAAGGGACUGGAUGCUGUUGCCGAGAGGAUAUAUGACAGCCUUACUUCUAUUUCGGUAGACACGUUGCUCGAUGAUCGGGAUAAGGGCAUGGGCUGGAAAUUGGGUGAUGCAGACCUGAUUGGAUACCCGGUGCUCGUGGUCGUGGGCAAUGGGUGGAAGAAGAAUCAAACACUGGAAGUACAGUGCCGUCGCCUGGGUGUGAAAGAGAAUGUGUCUAUGGACAGUCUGCCUACAGUUGUGGAAGGUCUUUUGUCGCAACUAUAA